UGGAGUGGUAAAAUUUUUAAAACCCUUCCCGUGAUGGUAACCUACACCAAAAUCCACAAAAAUCCCAAAGUUGUUUUUGUCCCAGAAAAUAAAAUCUACAGACAAGAACCACAUUGACGGUGAGUUGGGGAAAAAGGUCAACAACCACCACUUCUUCACAUCUGAGUUUUGAAUUCUCGUCAAGAAAGUAGAAAUGGAGAAUGGAAGGAGAGGUGAAGUGGUGGUUUCAGCUCUGCAGUUUGCUUGCACCGAUGAUGUCUCCACUAAUGUUGCCACUGCUGAAAGGUUGGUUAGAGCUGCUCAUGCAAAGGGUGCAAACAUCAUCCUUAUUCAGGAACUCUUUGAGGGUUAUUAUUUCUGUCAAGCACAAAGGGAAGAUUUCUUUCAGCGAGCUAAGCCUUAUAAGGGACACCCUACAAUUCUCAGAAUGCAGAAGCUUGCAAAAGAGUUGGGCGUAGUGAUACCAGUUAGCUUCUUUGAAGAGGCAAACACUGCCCAUUACAAUUCAAUUGCUAUUAUCGAUGCUGAUGGAACCGAUCUUGGACUUUAUAGGAAGUCCCAUAUCCCAGAUGGACCAGGGUAUCAGGAAAAGUUCUACUUUAAUCCUGGGGACACUGGGUUUAAGGUUUUCCAAACUAAAUUCGCAAAAAUUGGAGUGGCAAUAUGCUGGGAUCAGUGGUUUCCGGAGGCAGCCCGAGCCAUGGUUCUGCAAGGUGCUGAGAUAUUGUUUUACCCUACUGCUAUCGGUUCUGAACCUCAAGAUGAUGGGCUUGAUUCUUGUGAUCACUGGAAACGAGUGAUGCAAGGGCAUGCUGGGGCUAAUGUGGUACCUCUAGUGGCUUCAAAUCGCAUUGGGACAGAAAUAAUUGAGACUGAGCAUGGUAAUAGUAAAAUUACAUUCUAUGGGAAUUCCUUUAUAGCAGGACCAACUGGAGAAAUUGUUGCCACUGCUGAUGAUAAAGAGGAAGCAAUUCUUGUAGCACAAUUUGAUCUUGAUAAAAUUAAAUCCAAGAGAUGUAGUUGGGGAGUAUUUCGUGAUCGACGUCCACAAUUAUACAAAGUUCUUCUGACAUUAGAUGGCAGCAAUCCCUCAGUGUGAUUUUUGUGACCCUUUACCAUUAUUACCUUGUAGAGGUAAUAGAUUGAAAUCUUUUUACUUGAUGAGUGAUAGAAACAGUAAAUUCACUUUAUCAUCAUGCAUUACUUUUGAAAUAUUGGAAAAAAUAAUGUGAACAAUUAUACAUGAAUUUAUGAAUAAUAGACAUUAAAUUACGUGAAGAAAACUUCUUUUAAUGUUUUGAAAUUAAGCUUCAUACCAAAUUUAGGUUUGUGGCUGAUGAGCAACUUGGGAGGCCGGUCUACAAUAGGAAAGGUAGAGGUGAGAAGUAGAGGAAUAUUUGUUAUGCAUGAGGUUAGGACUUGUUUUUGGGAGGACAGGUGGCUUAAUGAGAUUGGAUGGAAGAAGAAUUCGGUUAGGAGCAAAAAGGUGUCAGGGAAUAAAAGUGAGGGAGAGAAGGAAUUGAGGAUAUUUAGAAAAGAAGGUUGAGGUUUGGAAGGGGAGGUGACUGACCCUCGAAG